CGAAAUCUAUAUCCGGGUGAAGAAGAGGCGGAGGAGAGAGAAAGCUCUCAACCGCUUCCCGCCCCUUCUCUCUCCUCCUCCCUUCCACUUUCUCUCUCUUCUCCCCACCUCCUCCCCGGCCCCCAAAAGAAACCCUAGAAAACCCUAAUCUCCCUCUCCCACCCUCAUCUCUCUCGCUCCCGUCGCAGGAACGAGAGAUUGGCGAGCUCCUCUCCUUCUCCUCGGUCGAUUCGUGCGGCGGCGCCCCAUCCCGGCGCCCUCUCUCGUCCGGAUUUGGUGCCCCGUCACCGAAAAAGCCCUAAUUUUACCUUGCUCUCUCUUCUCUUCUCAUGCGGUUUCCGUGAGGAGGUUAGGUAUCUUCUGCUGGGGUAGGAUUUGAAGCUUGGGUUCUUGGAGUUGGUGGGUGGUAUGCGGUUUCUCUGUUUUGGGGGGUUUGAAUAGAUGGUUUUGCUGCGGUUUGAUUUGAGAUGACGGGUUUUUGGGUGGGUUAAGGAGGUGGUAGGGUGUGGGGGGCGUGGGAUAUGGAUGAGAGCGGGGGAUCUUUUGUUGCGGUGAGGAGGUUAUCUCAGGGAUCGGAGAGAAACGCCACUGGAUGCCACUCUUCGCCAGCUGAGGUUGUCACUGGAUCAACAGCAUGGAUUGGAAGAGGCCUUUCAUGUGUUUGUGCCCAGAGAAGAGAAAGUGAUGCUCGCCUGUCAUUUGAUCUGACCCCUCAUCAGGAAGAAUGCCUGCAGAGGUUACAAAGGCGCAUAGAAGUUGCAUAUGAUAGUUUGAACAAAGAACAUCAGGAAGCCUUAAGGGCCCUUUGGUAUGCUUCUUAUCCCGGAGUCGAGCUUCUUGGAUUAAUAUCUGAACAAUGGAAGGAAAUGGGAUGGCAAGGAAAAGAUCCAUCUACAGAUUUCAGGGGUGGCGGUUUCAUAUCUUUGGAGAAUUUAUUAUUCUUUGCCAGGAACUAUCCUAAAUCUUUCCAGGAUCUUCUCCGAAAGCAGGAUGGUGACCGAGCUUUGUGGGAAUAUCCAUUUGCUGUAGCUGGUGUAAAUAUUACAUUCAUGCUUAUACAGAUGCUUGAUCUUCAAGCUGGCAAACCUAGGACAUUGUUGGGAGCAAUUUUCUUGAAGCUACUUUCAGAUAAUGAGCGAGUGUUCGACAUAUUGUACUGCAUAACUUUUAAGCUAAUGGAUCAGCAAUGGCUAACUAUGCAUGCGUCAUACAUGGACUUCAAUACGGUGAUGAAAGCGACACGACGUCAGCUGGAGCGGGAGCUAUUGUUGGAAGAUAUUCAACGCAUCGAGGACAUGCCUUCAUAUAGGCUUCUUGCCCGUUAGCUUAACCACCCACUUCAGCAUCGCAGUUAAGUAGCGGGAUACAGUGAUUACAUGUUCUUUUCUCGAGCCACUGAUAUUUUCCUCAUUUUUUUUUUCCUCCUUUAGAGUGCAUUGUGUUGUUAUUUGGCGUCUUUUGAAAUCACAAAAUGAGGCACAAACUCGUCCUGUUUUAGUUGCUGCAGUUAGUUCCAAGUUCUUUAACUAUUUACAAGUUCGGCUGCGUAGUGCGUACUGGUGAGUAGCUAAUAGCGCUAGGGCGUACUGUACUCUUGUGAGUUGCGUGGAGUGGGGGCAUGUUGGUGUGAAAACUGGUUUGUUGCUUACUACAAACUAAAAAAAUCGGCGUGCAACAGAAAUUUUUUCCGUAGUUUUAGGCUUCUUCUAA